UUAUUGCAUUAAUCUCAACUGCUCGCAUCACGGUGCAUGUCAGCUAUGCCGUAGUGAGGAGCUUAUAAGAGGGAGCUCGGAAAUUGAGGGUGGAAGAAAUUGCAGCAGAAUCAGCGAUAGAGAGAGAGAGAGAGAGAGGAAGUAGCAAUUUCUUUUCGCCGACGCCUUUCUCCUUCCGUGUCGUGUUUCUAGUCUUUCAAGGUGAGGCAUCGUAGCUUUUUUAGGGGCUGGAGUAGCGCAUUCUCAUACUCUCCCAGCGGUGUUCCACUUCAACGUCCGUGGAGGAUUUGAGUCUUGUGAUGAGAGUUCAAUGACAGCAGUGAAAGCCGGGAUGACGGUAGGGACAAUGGGAAAGCAAGGAGCCGAUAACGAGAGCUUGUGCCUCCCUCUUCUUGCCAAGGAACGGAUAAUUUCCAAACGGUUCAAACGGAUUUGUGUGUUCUGCGGCAGCAGCAGUGGCAAGAAAGAUAUCUUCAGCAACGUCGCUCUCAGCUUGGGACGCGAACUGGUGAGCAGAAAAGUGGAUUUAGUGUAUGGAGGAGGGAGCAUCGGGCUGAUGGGUCAAGUUGCUCAAACUGUUCACGGGGGAGGCGGCCAUGUUAUAGGGGUAAUUCCGACGGCGUUAAUGGGCAAGGAUCUCUGCGGCCAGACGGUUGGUGAGCUGCGAACAGUACGAGACAUGCAUCAACGGAAGGCAGAAAUGGCUGGACUGGCGGAUGCGUUCGUAGCUCUUCCAGGUGGUUAUGGCACAUUAGAGGAGCUGCUUGAGGUUUUAACCUGGUCGCAGCUUGGGAUUCACGAAAAACCAGUAGGGUUGCUGAAUGUGGAUGGCUACUACAACCCACUCUUAGCCUUGUUUGACAAAGCUCUAGAGGAGGGGUUUCUCGGGUUAUCAGCUCGGAACAUUGUUGUGUCAGCUCCCACUGCCAGUGAACUUCUCGACAAACUGGAGGCUUACACUCAAAUUCACGACUGGGCCAUUCCCAAGCUCUACUGGGAAGAUGUCAAAUGCUUCGUUUACACCUCUACAAUUCCAACCACUUUGAAUCAAGGUAAACCAGAGGCAAUAUAGGCCAAAACUUCGUGUUGUAGAAAGGGAUGUAGCUUGGUAACAUGAACUCUCACUUAACAGGUGGGAAACAAGAAUUGGUGCUCAGGUGGGUGCAACAGCUGUUGACAAUAUUAAUAAGUUUAUACCAUUUUUCACAUGCUGUACUUUGAGUAGCUCAGUGUAAAGACUCAAGAUACUUUCUAUUGGAGUUCUAAAAUGUCUCCACCACAGAAGGACAUUGGUGGAGGUUGAACAGGUAGAAGCUACAUACAAAAUUUGUGCAAUCUUCAAACAUGUUGUAUUUCACAAAGUAGACUAAAGUUGACAGCCUAUCAUCUAUUUGUGACGUUUCACUUGUUGGUGGCAUUUCCAAGGGGAAUUUUUGGGUCUAUGAGAAGAAACGUUGCCUUGA